UCGCGCAAAUUCAUCCGAUGGCGGGAGGUCAAGGUUAGACCGUAGGAUGAUACAGAGCGACCAUGGACAAUGUGAUAUUUGUUUUGAAUCAGUCCCAUUUGACAAUAUGUUACUACUCUCUAGGUGUGGGUGUUCCUUCUGUCGAGAGUGCUUGACAUUAUACGUUACUUCUAUUCUGCGGGAUCGUAUUGAUGUCAGCUGUGCAUGUCCAAGUUACCAGUGUAGUCAAAAUGGAUGGUUGACGGAAUCAGAGAUAAAGGAAUUAUUACCCUCUGAUGUUUAUGAGCGGUUUUCUCUGAAGAAACUUCAGCGAGAAAUUGAGCAAAAUAUAAAUUUAACGUUUUGCCCAGCGGUAAAUUGUGGUGCUGUCUGUCAAGUCCCUACUAAUCUAAAGGUGACCAUACCGAAUGGUUCAAAUCCGUCUGCCAAGGGAAACAGACGUACCAUAGAGCGUUUUUCCAGAUGGUACAAGAAAUAUCUCUGCUCUGGUACUCAUAAUUCUUCCAAUUCUGAAAGUGCAAUUUUUCAUGGCAACAGCAGCUCAAAGACUCAAAAUCAUACUUAUGAGAAGUCUGUUAACACUGUUACGAGUCAAACUGAAGAUCAUGUAAUGUCACCUAUGGAUCAAUUCAUGGAACAAAAGAAUCUACCAUUUGCCUCUGAAAAGCAACCAUUGACGUGUCAAGUAACUCCCGUUCGUCCGGCUGUUCGGAUUGUAUGCAAACAGUGUUCUCAUGAAUUCUGUGCUCGUUGCCAUCUAAAUUGGCAUUCAGGAAGAGGACCUUAUGUGUGCGAAGAGUAUACCGAGAAUAUUUUACUACGAAAUAAAAGUAAAAAACUAGGCACCCAUUCAAAAAGCCAACGGAAUUUGCGUGGAGUUUCUAAAAAAAAUGUGGAUACUUUUAGUACUACUAACCACAUUGGUAUUUAUGCAAGCUCAAAUCCCGGUGUUUUGGUCAAAAACAAAUCGGAAUACAUCAGUAAAAUGAAAUCCUUGAGACAGUCUUCUGAGAAAAAUAAGAAGAAAUUAUCCUUUUCACGAUCUAAAAUGAGACAAGGAGGUUAUUCACAAUCACGUUCUAGCAUUCACCUAUCCAAUAACGAUGUCAGCGACAAAGUUGAUGUUUCCGUUCUCACUGUGGGGUUUCCUCCGUACUCUCCAGAUGAUUGGUUGAAACGUUGUCCAGCCUGUUUAGUACCUAUUGAACGCAUUGAAGGUUGUGCCCAAAUGAUGUGCCGGUCAUGUAAACAUACUUUUUGUUGGUAUUGCUUGACAUCGUUGGAUGACGAUUUCUUACUGCAACAUUAUGAUGAUGGUGCCUGUAAAGGUAAACUUGGACAUUCUCGUGCAUCAGUUAUCGGUCAUCGUGUUUAUGUUGUCAGUGUAUUCACCGGACUAACAAUAUUACUGCUUGUUGCUGCUCCGUUUAUCAUGAUUGCUGUGCCGUGUAUUAUAUGUGCAAAAUGUCAUCGAGUUUAUCACCAGCAUCGCUUACGUAAGCGGCAUUCUCAGGGCUUAUAUUUAGUCGAUGGACGUGUACCAGUUACAUCCGAUUCUUCAGAUGUACAAGCUAACCGAACGGAUACACCUCAGCCUGUCUCAUCAUCGCCACAUAACAGUAUUUUCAUAUCAUCUUGCCGAUCAUCUAUUGGUAAUAUUGACCAGCGGCAAACUGUUGAACAAAAAGCUGACAUUCACUGGUUACCAUGGCAGGAGGAGUCAAAACAUAAUUCUCCACGAAAAGUUAUGCAUAGAUCAAAGUCUGUGCCUAUCCACUGUCAUGAGUACGCCAGUAACAACCUAGUCAUACCACCGCAUACACCUUAAAAUUUUCAUGCUUCACAACAAUUGCAUAUACACCCAUCUAUCCAUCCUCCAUUUUGUUUCAUUUACUGUUCCAGAGCCUACGUGUGCAUUGCAAUCUUCCUUUCCUAUUAAAUUUUAUAUAGACAACCUUAUUCAUUUCUGUAUGUAUAGGAUAAAAGCAACAUAUCUCAAUGUUUUAUUUCUCAAAUAGCUACAUAUACACAUGAUUACUAGCUUCGUCAGUUAAGGAUAGAUAGUGUGAUCGAAUGUUUCAGGAUAUUUUUAAUGCAUUUAUCCCCUGUUUUUCUCAUUCCCCCCUCCCCCCUUCAACCUCUGCAAUACCUGUAAUUGUUACUUCUACUACACAUACAGGAACAUUCCGAAAAGUUUAUGUCAAUAAUCUCAGACACUUUGUGCAUAUAUAUGCAUACAUGUUAAUUCCUGUGGAUGUUUUCCUUGGACAUAUAUUUCAUUUUUUUCACUUUGUUUUUUGUUGGUUGCCUUGUUUUCAAAGUUAUCUGUUAAUUUGUAAACGCAUGAUAGAUAAUAUUGAUUGAUUGUGUACAUAUAAGUUUUACUUAUUCACUUUAUUUCCUUUGCUUUUUUUUUAAGGAAAAUGUAUUUAGGAUAUUAUUUACUUGUUUAUUUAUUUGCUUAUUUAUUUAUUUUCAAUGAUUUCUACUUUACUUUGUGCAUAUAUUUAUUUCAACUUCCUUAUAGCUAUAUAUUUAUUUUUAUCUUGUUCUGAUAUAUUAUAAAUUAUAAAUUUCCUGUGUUCGCAUAUGCAUAUCUAUGCAUUCAUACGGCAAUGGUCAGAAUAUGUGUAAAUAGCACCUACUUGGACUAUAUUAAUUUCUCCUUUGUUUUUCUGUGCACGAACGCACAGAACGUCAUUAAUUUAUACUCUAUUAGCUGUCACUCCUAUCUUUCCACACGCAGCGUUUGAAAUCACUACUAGUCAAAAAUGAAAGUUGCAUUUGUAUUCUCUUUUUUGUUUUGUUUCCUCUUACCUUAUUAUUCAUUUCUGUGAUAGAAUUAAACACCAAUACUUACUUGUUAAUAUGAAACACUCAUAUGUUUAUAUUGCAUGUUCUAGUUGAUGACACCCCUGUCUGUUUUUAUGUUGUGCGCAUAUCUGCAUGAUGGUUCAGCUCUAUCUUUGUUCUUUUUAUUAUUGUUACACUUUUAAAUCUCAUUAUUUUACAUUCCUCUUUUCAAAAAAGUAAUAAUAAUAAUUCGUAUUAUGAAAUGAAUGAGCUCCUUUAGGAUGAGUGUUUCCCACUUUCAAUUCUUCCGCUGUUUGUUUGUUUGUUUGUCUGUCUUUUUUUCUACAAAAGUUUGUUUAUUAUUCCAGUUUGUCUCUUUUAAUGCAUUAUAUUUCUUUUCUAUUUGAGAUAAUGAUAGUUUAUAAUGUUCGCUUUGUUUUCUUUCUUUGAAGUGUUCCAGUAUUCAGAGCUAGAGAGAAAAAAGUAACUAGGCGUGUUAGGAGAUUGAAAUAGGUCUAUGUGUAGCCAAAUCUAUUGACGAUAUA